CUUCCAGGUUAAACAUUAGUGCAUGAAGUGAACUCAGCUUUCAUCCUUUUGGACGAACUCGAGCGCAUUAAAAUGUCCCGGGGUUCCAGCGCGGGGUUUGAUCGGCACAUUACCAUCUUCUCUCCCGAAGGCAGACUCUACCAAGUCGAAUAUGCUUUCAAGGCUAUCAACCAAGGUGGGCUCACAUCAGUCGCAGUCAGGGGGAAGGACUGUGCAGUUGUUGUAACACAGAAGAAAGUACCGGACAAGCUGCUGGAUGCCGCCACAGUGACCCACCUCUUCAGAAUAACAGACAACAUCGGAUGUGUAAUGUCUGGGAUGACGGCCGACAGCAGGUCCCAAGUGCAGCGAGCUCGCUACGAGGCGGCCAACUGGCAGUACAAGUACGGCUACGAGAUCCCCGUGGACAUGCUGUGCAAGAGAAUCGCCGACAUCUCACAAGUCUACACGCAGAACGCCGAGAUGCGACCACUCGGCUGCUGUAUGAUCGUGAUCGGCAUCGACGAGGAGCUGGGCCCUCAGGUGUACAAAUGCGACCCGGCCGGCUACUACUGCGGCUUCAAGGCCACCGCCGCAGGAGUGAAACAGACAGAAGCCACCAGCUUCCUGGAGAAGAAAGUGAAAAAGAAACUGGAUUGGACCUUUGAACAAACCAUUGAGACUGCCAUCUCCUGUCUGUCCACCGUGCUCUCCAUCGACUUCAAGCCGUCGGAGCUGGAGGUGGCCGUCGUCACGACACAGGACCCCAAGUUCAGGAUUCUGGCUGAGACUGAAGUAGACUCCCACCUGAUGUCCCUGGCAGAGCGGGACUGAGCGAACAGAGAAGGAUUAAGCUAGAGCAUGAUGGGAAAUGCAGUUUCCAGAUAGAGGCUGGUGUUAUCUUUGUUUGCUGUACAUUCACCCCAUUGUUUGAGUCAACAAUAAAAAAAAAAGCGUUUUUGGAGUAAAACAAGA